AAAAAUUUUCAUGGAAAGAUACAACUUUAAUUGAAACUGGAGUAAUUGGAAUAAUUUUCAUAAUAAUGAUAAUUGCAUUUUUCUGUUGCAUAAAAAGAAACAAAGAACGGGAGUUACAUGGAGAAGAGAAGAGAGAAGAGGGAGUUAGAGGUGACCAGGAGGGCAAAGAGGGUAUCAAAAGGGGAGAGAGCAAGCUAGCCAAAAGGAAGAAGGCUCAAUUCAAGUCUGUAUGGAGGGAAAUACCAUUAUAUCCUGACUGGAGGAAAGAAGAGUUCAAGACGGUAAAUCUGACUCUGGAUGCAGCCACUGCCCAUCCUGCCCUCUUCCUGUCUGAAGAGGGGAGAAGAGUUACCUGGCAAGAACCAUGUCAGGAUCUUCCCAGCUGCUCAGAGAGAUUUGUCUCCCUUCCCUGUGUGCUUGGUCAGCUGCACGUCAGCUCAAGGAGAUACUUCUGGGAGGUGGAGGUUCAGAACACACAUUCCUGGGACCUGGGAGUUUGUAGGAAUAAUGUAGCAAGGGAUGGGAGGAUCACAAUCUCACCACAGAAUGGCUUCUGGGCCAUUAGGCUCUAUGACAGGGAGUACUGGGGCCUCACAUCCCCAGAAACUUCUCUUACUCUAAAAGAAAAACCCUGUAGGGUGGGAGUAUUCCUGGAUUAUGAGGCUGGAGAUGUAUCUUUCUAUAACAUGACAGAUGAAUCCCACAUAUUCACCUUUUCCAAACAAAAAUUUUAUGGUGUCCUAAGACCACUUUUUAGACUUUGGUCCUCUGACUCAGGCCCUCUGAUCACUGUACAGAUGGAGUAG